CACACACACACACACACACGCGAAGGGACGCCUGACGAGAGCGCUUGCCUCUCGGGUGUGUUUUGCUCGUUUUUACCGAUGUCGCUCCCCAACUUCCCCUUCAACUUUAUACAUCUUUAAGUUAGAGAAAGUUGACGUUAAAUUGGCCCUCAGGUGUUCAGCAAACGUUAUCGUCGUUAUUAAUCCAAAACUCGUUUUAUUCGUUUAUUUCCGCGUGUUUUUUGUGCUUGUUUUAACUUCUCGCUGGGUUGGACUUUACAGUGUCAAGCGAUCCAGUGCAAACAGGUGCCAGGAUGGAUGAGGCAGAGAAGUACAAACAGCGUCUGGAGGCCAUUGCUGAGAAGCGGCGGCUGCAGGAGGAGCAGGAGCGAGCCAAAAGAGAGAUGGAGGAUGAAAAACUGAGACUGCAGCAGCUCAAGAGGAAGUCUCUGAGGGAUCAAUGGCUGAUGGAGGGAGCUCCUUUGUCUCCAUCCUCCCAGGAUUCCCAAAGCCCUCGCUCUUUUCCGUGGGCAUCUCCGGAGGUGGGAAAGAACAGAUCACAGAGUGCAGAAGUUUCAGGGGAAGAGGAGGAAGAAGAGACCACAGUGGGCCAAACGGAAGUAGUGGAAAUGGAAGAGGACGGAGUGGCAAUGUUACGAGGUGCCGUUCUGCAGAAUGGAGACGACAACAACACAAAGAGAUCAGGGAAAGUUCACGCUGACGUGAAGGCGGGCCAAACCUCACCGCGGGAUGAAGACGCAUUUGUCAAUGGCAGCGGAGACUUGGAAGGACAUGUCAGACAACAUGAUGGCGCUUUGGAGUUGUGGAACUCUCAGGCCAGCACCACAAAUGGACCAAGUGGGGAGAACUGUGGGUCGAGUCUGCUUGUUAACGUGCCAACUCUGAGCCACACGGAGCUGGAUGAAGGGGUCGUGGUUAUGAGAGCAGAGCGCGUCAUCAUCACGGAUGAUGAGGAGGAAGAUGUUGCACAACAAGAGGAGCAGCAGUCAGAGGAAACCCCCCCAAAAAUUCCAAAAUCAGCAGGAGAGACAGUUGAGGAGGUGAAAGUAUCUCUGGAAGCUUCCUUUGAAUCAGUAAAGAAUGAGACUCAUGCAGAGGAGCAAACAGGAACAAAUGAGGAUGGGGAGUGUGAGGACAACCAAAUGGAAGGUCCAGCAUCGGUGGUGGUGAUGCAAUCAACAGCCAUCCCUCAACAGGGCCCUCCAGUGGCCCCUGUGCCGGUCUACUCUGAGUCACCACCUUCAGAUGCUCCACAAGCCGAAGGAGAAAUCCCAGCGGCAGCAACUGAAGCAGCUGGCACGUCUUCCUUAAAAGCCUCGGACCACAGCAUCGCCAAGGCCUCUCAGUUCCACGAGGUUCCCCUGAGCGAUACUCAGGAGAACCACACGACCGAGUCGGAACCCGGCGAGCAGGAACCCCUCCUGGAGGAGGUCAAAGCUCCCAGCAUACAGAAGGGGGAGGCCGCCGAUAGCCAGCCGGCUGGCACAGGAACACGAGGAGAGGCGAUACAGGCACCUAAAAAGAAAAGCUGCGAGUGCUGCUCUGUCAUGUAAAUCUGGAUAGUCAUCAAAAAUAUAGACACAACACUUUUAUUUAGCUGCCGGUAUAAGUUCAAUAACAAUAUUGUCAUUAUAACCGCAUUCCACUCUUUAAAAAUAGCUUUUUAGACUCAUAUGUAUUGAGUACAUGAGGUCACUCGACCCCGCCCCUUUUAAAAUGACCAAUUUGAAGCUGUACUUUUUUCUUUUUUCAAAAUAUGACACGUUCUCUGAACCUGCAUAAAUCUUUACAAGGGUCUUCUAUGUACAGUAUAUCUUGAAAUUGUUAGUUGUAGGUGAAAUGCAAAAUCCAUGGUUGUAAUUGGUACAUCAUUGCGGUACAGUGAUGAUAAAAUGAAUCUUAGAUCACGUUUGGGCUUUUCUUGACUGAUGAUUUAAUCCUGGAUAUUGGUGGGGUAAAGGGGUAGGACCAAAAAAACAACCCUGCAGGAAUAUCCUGGUUUUGUUGAGUGGCUCUGAUAUGAACUAUAAUUGCAUCCUGUAAAAUGAUUUGCAGUGAAUGUGCUGUUGGCAAAAUAUGCACUACACGUAUAAUGUUGACCAAGUGCAGCAACUUUGGAAAUCCAAUAACAGUUGUUACUUUUUGUGUCCUCCGCCGUUGCACUCGCUAAUUAGAGUGGGAAGCGCCUUGAACGCCUUCUGUUGUGCUUCUAACACACAUCAGCUGCAAAGCAAGAAGCUAGGCUUUAGUUAUGGAGCCAAAUUAUCCAGCGUGAAUAAAACAUAUCGAAAAAAAUCAUGUGGUGUCCCAAACAUCACGAUUUAUCACUGACGUGUGUCGGUGAGUGCAAGGGUUCAUUUACUACUGUUUUUCGUGAACAUUGUACAGUUAUUUUUAUUUUUUAUGUUUUUGCGGCGAAAAAAAUCACGUUUUGAGUGCACAUCAGCUUUAAAUGUUGACUCCCUUGCCUGGUUUGUAGUCAGCAGGUUCAGAGAACGUGUCACAGUUGUUAGUGUGGUGCUCACUCAUAGUUCUCAUGGCAUUGAAUCGAUUGCAACUGGACUGUUGAGGUUGCCUUAGAAGACGUGUCGCCUCUCAUCCUAGCAGGCUUCAUCAGUUCAUGCUCAAUUACUAGGUGGGACAAACACUAGCCUGACUCGAUAGGACAGCUUUAGUCUGAGGAGUUGGCAAGAUCCAAAGUAUUUAUCCUCUAAAGGAAGAGGCAUGUCCAGACAAGAGUGUCACUCUUUUGAGGCAUCAAAUGACCAUCGUUAAGAUAAAAUGGAGUGGGGCCUCUGCCAGCCAAUGACAGUCGUGAGUGGUAUGACCUUCGUGAGCAUUCCAUUCUGAUGUAACGAUGAUCAUGGACCCACCUGAAGCCAAGGUGGCUGGGCUGUUUCAGUGUCAUGGAUGAAUGAGAAUAUUCACAGGCAUGCUCAUGAAGAAAGGACUACUACUACUACUACUACUACUACUACUACUACUACUACUACUACUACUACUUUUGCUUUUUUACUUUUAUUGUCCUAGGGUUCCAUUAAUGGCACUAUGAUAAAAUACGGUUUAUGAUGUUACCCAAAGUUUGGACACACAUUCUCAUGCUGGGCGUCCAAACUUUUGACUCAUUGUGUACUCAUUGUGUAUGUAUUUGGGAGGCAAAAAGGUGUUGUAGUUACAUUUUUGUUAACAUUUGUGCUCCCAUUUUCUCUGCACACUGUCCACCCAAUGAAAGUGUUGAUUUUUUUUUUUUUAUCGGGGAGGGAUUUACUCCUCAAAUUCUUCAAUUCCUGUUGGGCAUACCUGCCCAGCAUGUAUUCAGUGCAUGUCAUUUUCUACACCGUUUGUCCUCACUAGGGUAUGCUGGAACCUAACCCCACUGACCUUUGGGUGAGAGGCAGGGUGCACCCUGGACUGGUCGCCAGCCAAUCGCAGGGCACAUUUCAGAUGCAGUGAGAUGAAAAACGUAUUUUAUCAUCAGUGAAUUGAUGUACACAUAUGAUUCAUCUUAAUGUAAAUACAGUAUUUUUGCUUAAGAUGAUGCUGAGCGGUUCAGAGAGAAUAUUUUUCUAAUUAAGUGACUUAAAAGAUGAAUUAUUGAAUAGAUUUGGAAUGACUAGAUGUCUUUUUUAAGAAAGAGGGCCCAAAUAUGUGGGAUUACUUGAUAAUACAGGUAGCAUCUGUUCAUUCAUAUGAAAACCCAAGUGUACACCACUGACACUUGUGGUUCAAUAUCUCAUUUAAUGAUUUUUUAUUUUUAUUUAACCAGAUUGAAGAGCUUCUUGUCCAUGCAUAUUUAUACUGAAUACAGAAAGUAGGUUUGAGCUUGUAAGAGUAUUUUGCAAUGACUGGUUUAAUGAUUAAAGUGGCGUUUGACAUAUAUUGUUUGCUGUACUUCAUUCCAUGCUGCUUUUUUCCCCACUUGUGGACUUUUAAACCAAUAUUGACAACAUCGCACGUUCCACAUCCAGUUAAGUAUUCAUC